GCUAGCGGCGGCUGCAGCAACGGGAGGAGGAGGAAACACCAAACACAAAACUCAGGGAAACCUUUCGGGUAGUUGUACAAUGAAGAAGCGACUCUGAGGUGUUUUUAAAACGCGGUGACAAUGUUCCGGAUACUGAGCGACGCGUCUUUUAAGGCUGUUGGAGCAGCGCAGCCGAAACUGCUAAAGGACAUUACAAGCAGACAGCUGCACAGCGCGUAUGACGUGGCCGUGGUGGGUGCCGGCAUCGUGGGCUUGGCCACAGCCAGGGAGCUCAUUCUGCGACACCCGUCUCUCAGCUUCAUCCUACUGGAGAAAGAAAAAGAGCUUGCUGCGCACCAGAGUGGGCACAACAGUGGAGUCAUUCACAGCGGGAUCUACUACACGCCGGGGUCGCUGAAGGCCCGUCUGUGUGUGCGAGGAGCCACUUUAGCCUACGAGUACUGCGAGAAGAAAGGACUCCCUUACAACAGAUGUGGAAAGCUCAUUGUGGCUGUGGAGCAGGAGGAGAUACCCAGACUGAAAGCUCUGUAUGAGCGCGGGUUGAAGAACAACGUGCGUGACCUCAGCGUCGUUGACGCCAAGGGAAUCCGAGAGCGAGAGCCGUACUGCAGAGGUAUAAUGGCCUUGGAUUCGCCCUACACCGGCAUCGUGGACUGGAGGAUGGUGGCUCUCAGGUAUGGCACAGACUUUGAGGAGGCAGGCGGCGCGGUGGUAACAGAAUACGAGGUCAAUGACAUUUCCAUGGUCAAGGAGAGUCCAGCUGGGAGCACUGAAGGGAUGAAUUAUCCGAUCGCAAUCCGAGACACAAAGGGUAACGAGGUGCGGUGCCGUUAUGUCCUGACCUGUGGAGGCCUGUACUCAGACCGCCUGUCGCAGAUUUCUGGAUGCAGUCGGGAGCCGAGGAUCGUCCCCUUCAGAGGAGAUUAUUUGGUGCUGAAACCAGAGAAACACUACCUGGUCAAAGGAAAUAUCUACCCUGUUCCUGACCCUCGCUUCCCCUUCCUUGGAGUUCACUUCACCCCUCGGAUGGAUGGAAGCGUUUGGCUCGGUCCUAAUGCCGUCCUCGCCUUCAAGAGGGAGGGUUACAAAGUGUACGACUUCAACGUCAGAGACUUCGCAGAUGCGCUUUCGUUCAGGGGCCUUCAGAAGCUGGUGAUGAGGAACAUAACAUAUGGGAUUGGAGAAAUGUACAGGGGCGUUUUCAUCGGUGCACAGGUUAAAAUCCUGCAGAAGUACAUCCCUGAACUCUCACUGAGUGACGUGCUCAGGGGUCCUGCAGGAGUUCGAGCUCAGGCCCUCGACCGGGACGGAAACCUCGUGGAUGACUUUGUUUUUGAUGGCGGGGUUGGGGAUGUGGGCAGCCGGGUGCUCCACGUGCGUAACGCUCCCUCGCCAGCGGCUACCUCCUCCCUCGCCAUCGCUGAGAUGGUCGCGGACGAGGUGGAGAGCCGCUUCUCGCUGUAGAGAAAAACAGGAACACCAAAAACGUCAGCUUGAGGUGACCAAGUGAAAAGUAAAAGUGCAAUUCUUGAGUCAAGCUGUCACUACGUUAGCAUCAUCAACAUUUUUUAUUACAGGUCAAGCCUUAAUAAAGGGGUAGAGAAGUGGCACAUGUUCAAUUUAAUUACAUUUUUAAGACUGUUUUUACUUAAGUAGUGCUGUUUCAGGUUGUGUAAUGUUUACUCCACCACAUUUCAAAAUAAAAUCCAUUUUUCUGCACUACAUUUGUCUAAAAACAGAGAACAUCAUGAGUUACUGUCAGUGAAAGCAUCAAGCACAGAACAAAGUUUUUAGCUCCGGUGACUUUACCAUCAGAUUGAAACAUUAAAAAAGGAAUAUAGAAAUACACAAACACGUUGUGUUGAAGGUGAUAUUAACUUUUGUUUUUGGACAAUCACCAUUUUAAAUGAGGGAUGUUUAAGAGCAUUAUUCUUGUAUGGAAUUUCUUAUUUCACUUUUGGUUGUGUUGUGUAUUUUCUCAGCAGCUGACUGAGAGCAGCUUGUUUCUGUCGUUUUGAGUGUUGUACAGUCCACUCUAAACGAAUGAAGACUUUCAAACAUAGUUACUGUAAAUCCAUUUGGGGAAGUUUUGAGCUGAAUUAAAUAAAUUAUAUUCUCUUUAUUAUAAAUAACAAAUACUUAAAGAUGAUAUUUUCUAUUGAUCUCUGAUUUUACCAAUAACUCACAUGGGACGUUGGGUAUCUGGGUAUCAUUUUUUAAUUGUUCAUCUCAUUUUAGAAAGAAACUCUCUAUGUAACGCACAGUUAUAGCUAUAGAACGCACAUUUUACAAAGACGGGUUGUCCUUACUUCACUUGACAGUUCUGUCUUCCAAAAUAAUUUUGAUAUUUAAAAGGCUUUCAAAUUAUGUCAUAUUUACAUUAAAGCAAACUGAGAAAACUUGGGUGUUUUUCUUUCUAUGUUUUUAAUGUGUGUUUGUGGGGAGGUGAUCUCACGUAAUUCUGGUGCAGUUUGUUUUUUGUGGUAGUUUCAGGCGCUUCACAUGUUGCUAAAAAUAUCCAGGUAAUGUUCCUAUAAAAUUGUUCUCCCUCCCUGUUAUUUCAGUCCAUUUACUGACAAAUGAAUGUUAAUGUAUUUUAUACCAUAUAUACAUAUUUUUGAAUAACAAAUGUACCAAUGUUUGCAUUAAUCUAAGGUACCUUUUAAUAUAAGGAGAAAAGGAACUAGAAAUCAGAAAAUAAACAACUUUAUUGUGUUCAGUUGUUCUUAAUACUUCAAGUGUUGCUGGAAAUUUUGACAGUUUUUAUUUGAGCAGUUGUUAAUUUUUACGCACUUAUACAGUUUGUCCACAGGGAGGCGGAAUCACUGCAACAAAAAUACUGUAUAAGCUCCAAUGCAAGCACAAAAUAUACCGAAAUUAGAUGCUGUUGUUAAACCAGUGCUUCUUUAUGUUUGUACUGUCAAUGUCUGUGAAAUGCCAUAAAAAAUA